UUGGCCACAUUUGAUGCCCAUGAGUCACUGUUGGCGCUGCCGAUUUGCCGAAGCCACGGCUAGUAGCUCCUCCACCUACAUGCAUCCACUGUUCGUCUUCGUCGCCUCAAACCUUAUCCUUCCCCCCGGCCCGUAUACUCAGCCCACCACUAGGGAGAGAAAGAAACAUACGCAUGCCACCAACGCAAGGACCUCAGAUCCUCAGAUACGCAUCAGUUGGCACCAGCGGCAAAGCUGCGGCGGCGAAGAGCGAUAAGUAGUAGACCGGGGGGCGGUGCGGCGUGCAGCGCGCUAAUAGGCGAACCCCGCACGCAGACGCAGGCGCAGCUAGCUUCGCAACAAGUAAACGAUACCUCGCGUCGCCAAGAGCUUACCGACACCGAGAAGCAGCCACGCGCUCGCGGAGCUAGAGCUAGAGCCUAGAGCUAGAGCGCGAGAGCGACCGUCGGCCACUCGCCAUGUCGGCGCUAGUGGACGCGCUGUGCGCGCCGCCCAGCGACACCGCGCUCGUCUACGACACCUUCAACGCGGCCAACUUCCUCUUCGACGCCGCCGCGUUCUGUGACGGCGCCGGCAUUGUCGCCGCCCCGGCGUCCGCGCACCAGGCGCCCGUGGAGGCGCAGGCAGCGACGACGUCGGCGGCGCCGACGACGACGGCUAGGGCCAGGAAGCGGCGGCGGCGGCCGAGGAGCUGCAAGUCCAGGGAGGAGACCGAGACCCAGCGGAUGACGCACAUCGCCGUCGAGCGCAACCGCCGCCGCCAGAUGAACGAGUACCUCGCCGCGCUCCGCUCCAUCAUGCCGGAGGCCUACGUCCAGAGGGGCGACCAAGCUUCCAUCGUCGGAGGGGCAAUCGAGUUCGUGAAGGAGCUGGAGCAGCAGGUCCAGUGCCUCGAGGCGCAGAAGCGGAAGCUGCUGGUUCACCAGCGCGUGGCGGCGGCGAAGCCUGCAGACGCGACGCCAAUGCGCGCCAGCAGCAGCGGCGCCAGGGCCUGCUGCGCGGAUUCGGCGGCGGCGGCGGCGACGACGAGCAACUGCAGCAGCGGCUUGACGACGGAGGACGCGGCGGCGGACCACGCGCUGCCGCCGCCCCCGUUCGCGCAGUUCUUCACGUACCCGCAGUACGUGUGGUGCCACUCGGCGGCGCGCGACCCCGCGGAGGAGGAGGACGGGCGGCGGUCAGGGGUGGCCGACGUCGAGGUGACCCUGGUGGAGACGCACGCCAGCGUCCGAGUGAUGACGGCGCGGCGGCCCGGGCAGCUGCUCAGCCUGGUCACCGGGCUGCAGGCGCUCCGCCUCGCCGUGCUCCACCUCAGCGUCGUCACCGCGCUGGACGCCCUGGUCCUCUACACCACCAGUGUCAAGGUACAUAACUGUACUAAAAAAGUAAGUUUUGAUUCAUUCCUGCGCUUUUUUUUUGUUGUUGAUGGAGUAGGACAAGGAUUUUGCAUUGAACACAAACCGAUGCACAAGCACAAGUUUCCUCCCUAUAAACUGCAGGGAUCUUGCACGACGAAUCAAGCGAUUCUUUUCUAGCAGCAAAGUUUGCGCGCGUCUCUUUCUCUCCACGAACAUCAUUUAGGGACCAUGAGGUCUCUCUCUGCACGAACUAAAAAUCAAUAGAAAAUCGAUAGGCUGGGCUGAGCUCUGAGGUCUCCAUGUCUAUUUGAUUAGGCGGCAAUGGCAUCCAUCUUUACCAGCAGUAGGACUGGAACUAAAGCGUGUCAGAUAUUCUCCUGCUGCUGGAUGUGUAGACAAAACAUCCAGGGGUCAUGACUCAUCACAUCGCUGCGGUCCAGCGGGCAGGAGAGGUCGUUUCCUGCAACAAGCUCGAACCGCUGCAUGUAUUAUUGUUGCCUUUGCCUUGUUGGAGUCGAAUCGGUCAUUUAUUUUUUUGCCCCCGGAAUCUACUACGCAGUAGCUCUGAUGACAAUUCGAUGGACGACCUGACACGAACGCUGGACGCCUGGGUCUUUUCUACGCAGCGGCGUUGGUGGUGCUUGCUUUUGACCGGAGAGCAGCGCCCAGGGAGGCAGGGAUGCGCCGGGGCCUGCCUGCCGUGCUAGAGAGCCCACAGAGCCACCGCCAUGCCAUGCGUUGGUGAGCUCUGAGCUCGCAUUGCAUUGCAUUGCACGCAGGGCUACGUACGCUAUGCUCUGGAUUGUCAAUAGAUAGAGUUAUUGCCAUGCAUGUGCUCAUGUCGGCUCCUGUCCACGUCUGUGCGCCGCGCCGCACCGCACUCGUGCAGUAGUAGGCUCCGUAGAGCCUCGUAGUUGUUGUGAGGGGUGGCAAGGCGAGCUUCGUUCAUGGACAUGGAUGUACAGUAGUCAGUAGUACAAAGAGAAAGAAAGACACUUUCAGCCUUCAGGGCGAAUCUUUUGGCUGAACUGGUGCUCGUUCCUGCUCGAGCUAUAGAGUUGGCAUCGAGAAAUGGGCGGAAAAAGGCUGGGCGCCUAGGCGGCAGGGAGACAGCGUACGUGUUGCUGCCGUCCUCGCCUUGUGUUAUUUUUGGCCACGGCAGUACGACACUGUGCUGUGCCGUAGUUUAUGACCACGGGCAGUGGUUGUGGUUGGUGGUCUCGUCUCUUCAGGUACCCGCAGAUUCCCACCCCUCCUUGUUCCUGAUGCAUGCAGCAGCCAUCCGGGCUCCGGCCAUGGCCCAUGGGCCAUUGCGCAUGUGCACCGUUCCCUCGCCUCGUCCGUGCAGCUGCAGCCUGCAGGCGCUUUAACCACGGCGUGCUUGCUGUUGCUGUGCUGCUGCAGGUGGAGGAAGGGUGCGGCCUGGCGACGGCGGACGACAUCGCCGCCGCUGUGCACCACGUGCUCUGCAUCAUCGACGCCGAGGCCACCGAGCAGCAGCUGCUCGCGGCAGCGGGGCCGCAACCGCAAUAGGGCCCGCCCGCGCCCGCGAGCCGACCUACCGGCGAUCGAGAGGAGGCCAGCGUAGAAGCGACGUACGUGACUCCAAGUCAUGUGUACAAGCAUAGGCGUUUUGCAGGGUCCGGUGAAACGCCUUGUGUAGUUUGAUCUUUGUAUUUUUGGCUGCUUUUUUUUUCAUAUCUUUUCAGUAGAUGUGUAAGCGUGCGUGUGUUCAGCAUGUUGUCACGAUGUUUGAUUCAGCGUUCGAUCUGUGACGAUUAGCUCACCAGCAGUCCAUUUCCACAUUGUUCUUCAA